AGCGGCGUGGCCCUUCCGGCUUUCCGUCCGCGCGGCCCCAUUGGCUGGGUUUGGAGCAGCUGACGGCCGGGCCGGGAGGGGGAGCUUCAAGGAUGGCGGCGUCCGCGGCACUGAUCCUGCGGGAGAGCCCCAGCAUGAAAAAAGCAGUGUCGCUGAUAAAUGCAAUAGAUAUAGGAAGAUUUCCACGAUUGCUCACCCGAAUCCUUCAAAAACUUCACCUGAAGGCUGAGAGCAGUUUCAGUGAAGAAGAGGAAGAAAAACUUCAAGCUGCAUUUUCUCUAGAGAAACAAGAUCUUCACCUAGUUCUUGAAACAAUAUCAUUCAUUUUAGAACAGGCAGUAUAUCACAACGUGAAGCCAGCAGCUUUGCAGCAGCAAUUAGAGAACAUUCAUCUCGGACAAGACAAAGCAGAAGCCUUUGUCAGUGCAUGGUCUUCUAUGGGCCAAGAAACCGUCGAAAAAUUCAGGCAGAGGAGUCUCGCUCCCCACAAGCUAGAGACGGUAGGAUGGCAACUUAACCUUCAGAUGGCUCACUCUGCUCAAGCAAAAUUAAAAUCUCCCCAGGCCGUGUUACAGCUAGGAGUGAGCAAUGAAGACGCAAAGAGUCUGGAGAAAGUUCUUGUGGAAUUCAGUCACAAGGAGUUGUUUGAUUUCUAUAACAAGCUAGAGACCAUACAAGCACAGCUGGAUUCCCUUACAUGAUGUUCUUGAAGACUGGUUUCUCCAUCACAUUCCUGCCACCUCAUUAUUUUGCUUUGAAGAUAGACUGCCAGGUUGUGUUUUCUGGAGGAUUCAGUAGUUUUCUUCUUGUAAAUUAUAUGGUUUAUCACUUCUUAGACAAGUAACAGCCAAGGGAGAUCAUUGUUCUGAGCACUGAGGUUCUAAUGUACAUUCUCUCAUCCUGUGAUCCAACAGCAAGCAAUUGCUAAGAACACUUUUGCUUUAAAGGAAACAAAAGUGAAUACCAUAUUGUUUUUACUGUCCUAUUUUUGUUUUAUUGCCUAACCAGUUUAUUUUUUUACAUAUUUGAUGAUUCCCAUAUGUAUCAAGGAGGGUCCAUAGAUAGAUAUAGGGUAUAAUGUGUACCUUAGCAUACAGAACUUCAGUAAUUAUAUUAAUAACAGUAAGAAAGCAGCCACAUGCAAUCAAAUAAAUAUAUUACAGUAGUUUUCCUUGAACAUAAUGAGUAUAUUUUGCUUUGGAAAUAAUAUACGAAAGAAAUUUAAAAUAGAGCUAGUAGUAGUAGCAUAUCAGGUAAUUCCAGUGUGAGCUUCUCUGUGCACUUUUAUUUUUUCUCUGUGUUUAAUGAUUUAAUAACAGUCCAGGUUUUGUAUGCUUUUCUUUGUACUGCAAAUUAAUAAUGAUUCACUUCAUAGUGUGGGAGACAGAUUCAGAUCAUGAAUAAAAGAAAUUGUAAUGAGUGCUAAAUGGGUCCUCAUAAAAUUUCAAAAACGUACCUUUUACAUUCUCUUUCUGUAACUAUGUUAGUUAAUUUCAGUCAAUAAAAUUUUUGU